AUGGAUACAUUUAAAGAUAUUAUUUAUUGGAGUGAGCCAAUCAAGUCGGGUAUUGUUUCCGCUGUUUGGUUGACAUUUUUGUUAAGUUUAUCCUGCAUGUCAUUCAUUUCCGUCGUUGCUUACGCUGGGCUUGCCUUAUUUUGCUGUACAGCAGCUUGCAAACUGUAUAAUGCCGUUCUUGGUUCAAAUAAACGGGAAGCGUCAGACAAUUCAAACCAUUCAUUUCAUUCAUGGCUUGAAUAUGAUAUUCUGUUAUCUGAAGAUAAAAUUGCCCAACGUGUUGGAGCUGCAUCUGAACAGUUAUCUGAAAAAUUAAAUCAGUUACGUCGUAUGUUAUUGAUGCAAGAUUAUUUUGAAACUGUCAAGCUUGCGAUUGGCUUAUACAUACUAUCAAUUAUAGGUGGAUGGUUUAAUUUACUUACAUUGAUUAUUAUACUAUUCGUUUUGGGAUUGACGUGCCCCAGAAUUUACUUAUUAUACCAGCCUCAAUGCGAUGAAGCAUUCAAAAUGGCCAAAACGAAAGUGACAGAUAUACUUAAAAUUGUUGAAACUAAAAUUGAAAAGCUUCGUGGUUCACCAAAAAAGUAG